GGGAAGACUAACUAUUCUAUACUCCGCUUCUUUCUGGAACCUGAACGUUCAAACAUGGUAACGUGCUAUAACGACUACACUGCACCUUGUCAUGGGGUUGAAUGGAGCGCUCAGUCCCGCGGGCUACGGCUCUGGCCUUCCAGCACGCGUGCUCAUUCGAGGAAGUCGGAGUAUGUAACACACAUAGAAGGUACAUAUGCGACGGAGAGAUAUUAUAUUGAGCCAACAUAUUCUCACACGCGAACAUCUCAGUAUCGUAGCCCACCAGGUCAUGGUCACUACGAUUCAAAAUACGGGAAUUCAGGGAGACACGAUGUACGACACCUAAACAAACAGACCCAUGUGUUGGCAGAUCCGUCAAAUCGUUUGUCAAAAAGGCAUCAGAAAUCUGUCAAGGAACUCAAGACUGGCCAUCGAUCGAACGAAUUUGCAUCACGUCGAUCCUCACAGUCAUCCCAAUCGUCGGUCUCAAGUAGAUCCUCGCGAUCGAGCGAAUCCUCACAAUUAAGCCGAUCUUCUGAGACGGAUAGCUCUAGGGAGAGUACACGCAGCUCAACAAAGGGAAGCUGGGCCAGUGGUGAUGGGGCUUGGAUCAGGAGAAGACCCAGAUGAUCAUGGUCGUUUGAAUGAUGAAAACCCCGACGACAAUAUAUGGGCGCAUGAUACCUGGAUGGAUCUUGGGUAACGACGAGGUAGCGUA